AACUCGGGGCGCGGGCGGCGGUGGGGCCCGGGCGCGGGCCGGGCUGGCCAUGGCGCGGGCGGCGGGCGCGCGGGGCCGUGCCGGGUGGUGCAGGAGGCGCGGGCGCUGCGGGCGGGGCACGCUCCUCGCCUUCGCCGCGUGGACCGCGGGCUGGGUGCUGGCGGCCGCGCUGCUGCUCCGCGCGCACCCGGGUGUCCUCUCCGAGCGCUGCACCGACGAGAAGAGCCGGCGCAUCCUGGCCGCGCUGUGCCAGGACUACCGGGGCGGCGCGCUGGCGGGGGCCCUCUGCGAGGACCUGUGUGUGGCGGGAAAGCUGCUGUUCCAACGCUGCCUGCACUACGACAGGGGCAAGAAGGUGCUGCAGGCCGACUGGCGCGGCCGGCCCGUGGUCCUCAAGUCCAAGGAGGAGGCCUUCUCCAGCUUCCCGCCCCUCAGCCUGUUGGAAGAGGAGGCAGGGGAGGGUGGCCAGGACAUGCCCGAGGCCGAACUCCUCCUGAUGGUGGCUGGGGAGGUCAAGAGCGCUCUGGGCCUGGAGUUGUCCAACAGCAGCCUGGGGCCGUGGUGGCCGGGCAGGCGGGGCCCACGCUGGCGGGGACAGCUGGCCAGCCUGUGGGCCCUGCUGCAGCAGGAGGAGUACAUCUACUUCAGCCUGCUGCAGGACCUGAGCCCACACGUGCUGCCCGUGCUGGGUUCCUGCGGCCACUUCUACGCGGUGGAGUUCCUGGCCGCGGGCAGCCCCCACCACAGGGCACUCUUCCCCCUGGACCGGGCCCCAGGUGCCCCUGGGGGUGGCCAGGCCAAGGCCAUCAGUGACAUCGCACUCAGCUUCUUGGACAUGGUGAACCAUUUUGACAGUGACUUUUCCCACCGCCUCCACCUCUGCGACAUCAAGCCGGAAAACUUUGCCAUCCGGAGCGACUUCACAGUGGUGGCUAUUGAUGUGGACAUGGCCUUUUUUGAACCUAAAAUGAGGGAAAUCCUUGAGCAAAACUGCACAGGAGAUGAAGACUGCAAUUUCUUUGACUGUUUUUCAAGGUGUGAUUUACGAGUCAACAAGUGUGGAGCGCAGCGCGUAAACAACAACCUGCAGGUCAUCUGUGACAAAAUAUUUCGCCAUUGGUUUUCCACGCCUCUCAAGAGCUCUGCGGUCUCUUUCCAGCUUCAGCUGCAGUUACAGGAGGCGGUGCAGGAAUGUGCAGACCCUGGGGUCCCCAGUGGGAACACCCGGAGAGCAGCCUCCAGCGUGUUCUGGAAGCUUCGCCGACUCCUCCAAGCCACACUGAGGGAGCUGCAGGAGGCAGAGAAGUAGCCACUCUCUGGCCUUAAACAUGCUCACACAGGAAAAGUGACCUUGGCUGGAUUUCUUCUGCCAUUGUUUUAAAGAUGAGCCAUUUCCCCCGUGCUCUCUGGGGUGCCGUUCUGGUCUCCACAGUGUGGAGUGGCAAGUGCUGCUGCCAGAGACAGUGCUCCCUCGCUCUCGUCCCACCCUGGCCUCUGACCUGUCGCCUUGUGUAAAAUGAGAUGAGGGAGGAGGUACAGACCUCCCUUCAGGAGGGCUCUCGGUCAGAAGUCACAAACCUGUGUGCACUUAUUCUCUGCAGAGAGCACUUGUACCUGGUUAUCCCAGCACGAGUUCCAGCUGUUCUUUCCUGUAAAUCGUUACCACGUUAAAAAGUGUGCGUGUGUGCAUACAAAUGAUGUGUAUGCCUGUGUCUGGGUGCAAAUGAGCAUGUGAGCAUGUGUGAGUGUGCCUAUGAGUGUCUGCAUGUGUGUGAGUGUGCACAGGUGAGUGUGCACAGGUGAGUGUGGUGUGCUCAUGAGGAGUAUGAGUAUGCCUGAGUGUGAAUGUGUAUGAGUGUGAAUGAGUGUGUGCACAUGAGUGCACGGGUGUCAGCAUGUGUAUAUAAGUGUGGGCAUGUGUAUGUGAUUGUGUGAGUGUGGGCAGGUGAGUGUGUUGGGGAUGUGGGUUAGGGUGGGGAGUGGUGCUUUCUCUAGUGUGUCCUCCGGAACAGCUUGCCUACCUAGCAAAGAAGUGUGACCAUUCUUUCGGAAUUAAAUACAAUAAAAAGAAAAUAAGC